UACAAGAUAUUAAUUUGCACUAAUCUGAUACAAACUUCGCCACACUUCUCAACAUUGUUAAAAGAGUUGUUCAGGAACAAUGUUGGUGGCUUGAACCCCCAUUUAGAAUAUAGUUUGUUCUUUACCUACAAAGUAAUCACACAAAAUGGAUGAGAAAUGCAAGCAAGCAGGGCCUAACCUCAUUCUCUUGGUAGUUACAUUUUAUAUAUUAGUCAUUCACCUCAUAAACAACCUACUGGAAACAAGCUAAUGAAUUUUGCAAGUAUUUAAGCAAUUCUACUUCUAAGGAGCCAAUAUGAACAUCAAAGCUCUUUCAAGUUCAGAUGUAUUAGCAUCAGAGGGAGAAAUACACAAUAUGAAGAGAAUCAAUCUUUUAAAUUUAGUAACCCUGGUUCUGACAUUUUUGGCGUUUGUGUCGAAAAUGGAAAGCCAGAGAAGGCCGCAAGAUAUUCAUUUUCCACAACGUUCUCUUCAUCCGCUUUGUGCACCCCAAUUCGCACUAGUAAGCAAUGCUUGCGGAAUGUUAUCUUUCACUCCAGGAUUACUGCCUUCUCCAAUCCUACCUCCACCCUCUCCUUCAUCCCCCGAUGACGAGGGACACAAGAGUGAUCACCACCACCACCACAGACACCGGCAUGGUCACCACAGCAGCACAGAAGAAGAUAACUGUUGCCGGUGGGCGAAAGAAAUGGACAGCCGAUGCGUGUGUGAGAUUUUAGUUAGGUUGCCACCCUUCCUCACAAGACCUUUGCAUCAGUACUCAGUUGUCAUUGGAGAAUCUUGUGUAAUCACUUACUCGUGUGGGGGACCAAUAUAAUGGGGCAAACAUUACAAAUUGUGAUGCCAACAAAAGUUGAAAAGAAUCUGAUGUUGUGUGUUUGGUACUAUGGGUUGAAGUUGUUUGUGGUUGUCGUUUCUGAUUCCUAGCCUUGUUAUUUAGCUGUUUGUUGAAUUGUUUGACUUUCCAAUUGUUGUUCGGUCAGAGGUUAGAAACAAAGUAAGCUAGCUGUUGCAUUCACAUGAACAAAAAACUAGUAUAUAGUUUAGGCUUUGUAGCAUGGUGGAAGUAUUUAUAUAUUAACAUGUUGAAUUCAUAUUUAAUAUGAAGUAUGGACAGAAC